AUGCCAUCCGGCGAACGCCCUCUAGCGAGGACCUCGGCGAGCUACGUGGCGUCCACCCACACCGGCCUCAACCUCGCCGGCAACGUGCACCUCUUCGACCGGCCCAGCUCGCCUUUUGGUCACGUCUCUCCCCAGUCGACAUCCGCUUCUGGAUCCCGGCACAGCUCUCGCCCGCAGUCUCGCAGGGGCAGCUCCUCGUACAUCAGCGCCGAACGGCCAAGCGAACCGGUCACCGCCUUCAUCCCGCAGCGCCUGACCGUAGACGCGCGCCGUCACGACCGCCGAAGCCAAGAUGACGGCGGCGGAGAUAGUCGCGCAGACGAUGACGACGACGAAGAGCCAGACUCGGACGCCCUCGAGUCCGACUCCUGGAGAGGCAGCAGCACCGCGCUCAACAGGACGAGAUACGUCUGGAAGAAGUCGCGCGGAAAGAGGAGGACGGCCUUCAAAGUCCUUAAGGACGGAGAGGGGAGGGACAGCCUGCUGCACGUAGCCCAUUCCCUCGUCCUCCUCUUGCAUUCGUCCCUGCAUUUCCCGCCGCCACGCAGCUAUACCGAGUCGAUCCUCGCACCCGGCGGUUUCCUCCUCACGCGCCUCUUUCCCCGCUCGAUGCGCGCACAUACGAUGCAGCGCAUCUACACGGCAGCCGAGGGGCUCGCCAACGUGCGCCGGAUCGUGCUCCUCGCACGCUGGAUCCAGGCAGGCACCGAGGCCGCCAUGGAGCGCAUGGCCACAAGGCCCAAGAUGCCGUCCUCGUCUCGUCCAUCAACCCAUGGAGAGCUGGCGCCUCCAUCCUCUGCCGCUUCACCUGAAAGCGAGGAGAAGAUCACGUCCACCGACGCCAAAGAGGAAGGCUUCAGCUGGCUCCAACCGCAGAGCCUGGCGCCCUUCGACAGUGGGACGGUGGAGAACGAGGUGAUCGAACAGCCGUCGACGUCUGCGCGGCCCCGAGCCGGGCCCGACGCCGCGGAGCAGUCGCAGCUUGCCACCGUCUCGACGUGGCGAGAGAUGUGGGAGGAGCGGCUCUCGACGCUGUGCGAUGCGCUCUCGGUGCUCGGCGAAGCGUGCGACGUGGCCGCCUUUAUGGCGGGCAGCGGCAUCUUUUGGCGCGCCGUCGGCUUCGCCGAGCUGGGCGUCCUUGGACGAAGGCGGAGAAAGGGCAUCGAGAGGGUGGGCGUACUGCUCUCGCUCUGCUCGGUCCUCUUGUCGCUGGCGCUGCUGCGCAUGCAGAGGCUGCGACUCCGGGCCGAGCUCCGCAGCGCCCACCGCAGGAUCAUCCAGGCCAACGACCGCAUCGGCUGGGCGAGCGAGCUGAGCGGUAGACGGAUCCCGACCGGUGCCGCCAUCUCGCACCGACAGUCGAACCCGAACCUUGCUGCAGCAGACGACUCGACGGCGCAGGGCGAGUCAUCGACGUCUGCUGCUGUAGCCGCCAUGGCGAGCGACGUGGAGAAGGAGAACGAGCAGCAGCAGCAGCAGCAGCAACAAACUUCUCCGACCGACCUCGCAGAGCCGUCGCCAGCGUCGAGCGAUCUGCGACCGUACGGGCCGGGAAUCCAGGAAGCGCUCGAGGACCUCGACGACGCCUCUUCGACCUCGUCCCGCUCGGCCGCUUCCAUCUCCUUGACUCGAUCGAGCGAGGUCGAAGGCGAAGGGGGAGGCGAUGCGAUGCGAGGCAGCCAGCACCCGCACUCGAACCGCCACGCCCUCUCGCCGACGAGCCUGCUCGAGUCGACCGAACGACAGCUGGUGCAGGCCGAGACGGACCUGGCGCGCACGCGCCACUCGCUCGUGUGGACGUUUUGGGACCGCCUCGCCUUUUUCGCCGACGGCGUCUUUCUGGCGUUUGAAGCCGUGCGCCCCGAUACCGACAAGGAGGCCGUCGAGGCCUGGUCGGGUAUCCUCGCUGGCGGCAUACGGCUGUGCAAGGUGUGGGAGCACGUCAAGUGGUCCCGCUAG